AUUAAAUGAAUGUUCGGGAUCCAAUCGGGAUAGAAGUUGGGUGCGCGAGGGGCGCGGUUGACAUUGACCCCUUCGCCUAUAGGCCGAAAACUUUUUCUAUAAGAGCAAAUCAGAUCAGCCGUCGAAAUUAGUGGAAAGGUGUUUUGCAAGUGAAUCAGAUUUUUGUGAGAUAUUUAUGCCGACUUUUAUAUGUAAAAAACCUAGAAAUGUCUAAAAAUAUUGUGCCUGCACUGUCCGUGGUCCGCGCGCCGGGUGGAACGUUAAGUAUGGACGAAGAUGUUGGCCACGUGUUGUAUGAGCGCAUGGAUUCUGGAAUACUACGGAUAUGGCAGCCAGCUGAAACGCCGGAGAUUGCCUCACCCCCUGACACGCCUUAUACUCCUGACACGCCUGAGGAAUCGUCCACCCCGCGGGCACGACGGUCAGCCUCGAGGGUAGUGCGCCGUCCUCGUAGAUGUCGUCGUGCGCUGCUAUUACGUGAUCAGAAUCAGACAGCAGAAGAGCUAACUGAUCGCGACUCCGGCAGUGACAACGAGUUCGCAGAAGUAAACAAUGAAGUCUCCGAGGGGGACGAAACCCGAGAGCCCACCGAUUUCCAAUUACUUGCCGCGGCGAGGCGGCUUCGUAGCAUAAUUAUAAAUAGGGAGGAGCUAGGUGUGAUACAGCUGGAUGAAGGGGAGACUGAUCAAGAUGAGGAGGUAGAACUCUUUGAAGUCUUGGGAAUAAAUGAUAUCUCCACUUAUUCCCAAUCUUUUGAGGAAGGAGGGGAUGUGGAAGACGAUGACACGUGGGAGGAGGAGGGGGUUGUCGUCAUGGGGGAUGGGGAUAUGGUGAAGAGAGGGAAUGGAGAUGGAGGGGAAAAGGUAGCGGUAGGUGGUGGUUCGGUCACAGACGAUGCAGUCACGCCGGAAUUCUCUUGGACAGAUGACUUUUCAACGUUUUCUGGCCAAGAGGAAAUUUACACAAGAAAUCCUGGUCCAAUCUGCAAACUCUCCGACCCCACGGAUAUAUUUUUACAAGUGUGGGAUUUGCCAAUAAUACAGCAUUUAGUUGCUGAAUAUAAUAGGUAUGGUUUAAGAUACAUAGAGACACGCGCUGAAGAUGAGGGUGGUCUCAAUAAACAUCUCCUGUCCUGGGAAUUGACCACCGUAGAAGAAAUGUACAGGUGUUUCUCAGUAUUCAUGUUUAUGUCACUUGGAAACUUCAAUUGCUUACAUGAAUAUUGGUCAACGGGAAUUUUGGGAAUGCCGGAGUUUAGGAGAAUUAUGCCCCGCAACCGCUUCUACUUUUUACUUCGAUUUUUUCAUUUCGUCGAUAACGAUACCCUUGAUUCUAAUGUUCGGUCUUACGACCGUAAGAUCGCAAAAAUUGCACCCAUAAUUGAUCAUUGUAACGCAAAAUUUCCCCUUCUUUAUACUCCUCAGCGGUUUAUCAGUCUGGAUGAGUCCCUGCUUCUGUGGAAAGGACGUCUUAGCUUCAAGCAAUGUAACCGGCUCAAGUCGGCCCGUUUCGGCAUUAAGUCGUAUGACUUGUGCGAAGCAGGUACUGGUUACCUACUGAGAACCCACAUCUAUGCGGGGAAGGAUUCUUCGAUGACCGAGGGAGCGAUCGAUGACUUCGAGAAUUGUACCGCAAAGGUCGUCCUCGAGGCUAUGGAUGGCUAUCUUGACGUUGGCCAUUGUCUCGUGAUGGACAAUUGGUACAACCAAUUGCCACUUACGAGGUAUCUCAAGAGCCGGCGUACGGAUGUCAUCGGGACUAUUAAUCGCAGGAGGCAGCAUAUGCCACCUCAGAUUAAGAAUCUCGAUGACAAACGUACCCAGCGCGGGGAGCAACUGGCUCUGCAUUGUGGCGACAUGUCCGUUGUCACAUGGAAAGAUGUGAAACAGGUCACUGCCAUCUCGACCUACCACAAUGAUGAUCAGUUGCGUAGCCAGCGUGCCGGCGUACCAGUCAUGAAGCCUAAGGUGGUGGUAGACUACAAUAAAAACAUGGGAGGGGUAGACUUGAAAGACCAAAAGCUAAGUGCCUACCAUUUUGAGCGAAAGCGCGGGCUCAAAUGGUAUAUGAAGGUGUUCAGGAGACUGUUGAAUACCAGUCUGCUCAACUGUUACAUAAUUUACACCAAGCAGCCCCUCUGCAAGGUGUUAACCCACAGGCAAUUUCGGAUGGCUGUGGCCGAGGGGCUGCUGAAUAGAUUUCCCAGGCCGCUUGUAGAUCACCCACCUGCCCGCGUCGUCAUGAGUGAUGUCAUACGGCUGGAUGGAAAUGACCAUUACCCCGGGUAUACUCCAGAAAUGGACAACGUCCAAAAUAGAAAACAUGUAAGGCGGCGUUGCGUUUGUUGCACUAUCCGCAGGCAAAGGUCCGAUGUGACCACUUUGUGCAAAAAAUGCAACGUCGCUUUGUGCAUCGUCCCAUGCUUUGAACAGUACCACACCCAGGUGAAGUUAUGAAUAUAAAAUCUCAAGAUUCGUAAGACACGAUGACGUAGAGCUAGGUUGUGCUAUGGUAAGGGACGACGUAAAGCUAUCCCAGUAUGUACGUAUGUAUCGACGAGUAUACCCGUUAUUUUAUUGUUUUCUUUCAAGAGACGAUGUAGAGCUAUGUGUGUAUGUAUAGCUAAGUACGCUAGAGCUGUUAUUACUAGUUUUUGGUUUUUUAAGUCUACUCCUCACUCUUAUUCUCAUUUACUUGUUUUUUUUUUUUAUUGUACUCCAACACCACACACACAAGGCUUCUUACAAGUAAGUCUCCUUAAUUCCUCCUGUACAUUUCUUCUGCAUCUCGUCAGUUAUUUUUUUACGUAUAUAUUGAUAUACGUAAAAAUAUAAUAGAGAAUAGACAGAUACAUGUACAAACAAGGUCACAAACUGUACUAUUGUUCUAUUUUUGAUGUGUCAUAUAAUUUUGUUUUUAUGUGGCUGGUGUUCAUAACAGGCUCUCAUCGCAAACCUCCUCCCUAUCUAUAAUUAAUACUAAUAAUCUCAUAAUCAUGGUCUGAAUCAUCCCCCUCAGUAUUUGUUACGGUGUCACUAACACCCAGACCUACUUGUGUACUUGUACGGGUGUAAGUGACAUCGUAACGAAUACAGAGGGGGAUGAUUUAGCCGAUUAUUCUGAGUUAAUAUCAAGUGGAAUUUUCCAUCGCAAAAGUAUAGAAUUGAAAAUAAUUAAAUAAAAACCUAAAAAAAAUCAUGAAAUUUGCGACGGAAAAUUCCUCUUGAUAUUAACUUAGAAUCAUGGUCUGAAUCAUUCCCUAAGUAUUCGUUACGAUGUCACUAACACCUGUAUAAGUCAAUAAAAAUAUGCGUGAAACGAAUGUGUAAAAGUGCGUAAAAUAUCCGCCUCUUGUCGUGUAAAUAUUGAUAUUAGUUUAUAUUGAUACGUUUUUAUUGUGCGUAGACAAAUUUUUACAGGCUUAAAUGUAUGUUUAUAGACUUGAAUGCAUUAUAGUAUUUUUAUAGUGCC